ACUCUAGCUUAUUGCACCAGUUCAGCAGUGCAGCUACGAAGAACAGACUAAUAUAUACACAUGUAUAUAUAUGCUUUCUUAUAAUAAAUAAUAUUUGAGGAAGUUAUUGAAAUGGGUGACCCCCUUCGACAAGAGGUAUUGCGAAUAUUUAAGCAGCUUCACAGAACGCGACUAAAAACGUUUAAAAAUGAUGAACAUGCAUUGCGAGUGGUAAGAAACAAGAUAAAUGAAGAAUAUAGAAAAUAUAAAAGUGUUACAAACAAAGCAGCUAUUGAAGAGUUAAACAAAUUUGCACAGGAAGUUGAACAUGAAGUGCGUACAACUGUUAUACAAGUAGUUGAAACAACACCUGGUAGAGUAGAACUGCGACUUACUCCAGAUGUUCUGUUGGAUAAUGUACCAUACAAAGAUCAAGAAGAUAAUAAUUUAAGCAAAGAAAAAAAACCAAGCAGGUUAACAUCCAAGAGAUCAAAGGAUACUAAAUGACGCAAAUCAAAAGCAUUUUAUAGUUGUACAUUGUGACUAAUUAAUUAUUUAGAAUUAUUGUAAUAUUUGUAAAUACCACACUAGCUACAUACUGUAUAUGGGCAUGUAUAUAAUAAAUGUACAAGGAUAGAAUAUGCCUUGCUACAUUACUA